AUGCGUCUCUUCCUUGUGUGCCUGCUGGCCGCUGUGCUCCCUGCCGCCUCCCUUGCCGGUCAAGAGUCCUUCUGCGAGGACAAGAUCUCUCACCGUGGACGCCUGUUUGGCCGCCCCGCCUACUAUGACCUGCAGGAACGAAUCCCUGGCUGGGUUUUCUUUGACCAGAAUCGGCUCCAAGGACGAAUCCACGGAAACACUUACUGGAAUAUCAAGGGAGAACUCGAUGAGAAGCUUCCUUUAGAUGAAUUGCUGAUCGAUCCCGUAAUUUACACACUGAAUCAUCCCACAGAUUUUGAAGGCCCUUUCUCCGGCAGGAUUGGCCGAGGCGAGGUCGUCCUCAAGUGGGAAAAAAGUGGCGCCACCAUCACCGGUCGAGCUGGCCAAGGCGACUUUGAGGUCAAGGGUAAGACCCGUGUUGACUGGUCCCCUUAG